CGCUGAAUCACCAUAGAAGCGCAGGUCAUCAGUUACUAUGGCAGCUCCCACUGCAUUGACAGUGAAUGCUCGCAUGCGAGCAUUAGCGUUAUAUUUUCAUCAUUGUCAACGAUCAAAGCGAUGGAUUAACCACAAAACAGGCCGAAGAACCUCUUUUGGCCACUUACUCAUAAGACAUGUUGCCACUGUGGUCUCAGGAACAGAACUCGCCCUUCAGAUCCAUAAAGAAAUCCAGAGUGAUAUAACAAAGCUAGUGGCCCAAGGCAACAGAAGACCUCACCUUAGUGUUAUUCUGGUGGGUGAUGACCAUGCCAGCCACACUUAUGUGAGAAACAAAACAAGAACAGCUUCACUACUUGGCAUGUCAAGCAGCAGAAUCUUCAGGCCAUCAUCAGUAUCUCAGGAAGAGUUGCUGGAUCUGAUCGACAAAUUUAACAAAGACAGAAACAUCAGUGGGUUGCUUGUUCAGCUGCCUCUUCCAGGGCACAUAAAUGAGAGAGCCAUAUGCAAUGCUGUCGCCCCAGAGAAAGAUGUUGAUGGAUUCCACAUCGUAAAUAUUGGGAAACUUUGCUUGGACCAGAGAUGCAUGAUACCAGCCACAGCAGCAGCCGUGUGGGAAAUCAUCAAAAGAACAGGCAUUGAAACAGCUGGAAGAAAUGUGCUUGUUAUUGGACGCUCCAAGAACGUAGGGAUGCCUAUUGCAAUGAUGCUACAUUCAGAUAGAACACAUGAACGGCCAGGAGGUGAUGCUACAGUUAUCAUUGCUCAUAGAUGUACUCCUCUACCACGACUGAAGGAACUUAGCAGUCUGGCUGACAUAGUGAUUGCGGCUGCAGGUGUGCCUCACUUGAUAACAGCAGAUAUGGUUAAAGAGGGGGCUAUGGUAAUUGAUGUUGGCAUCAAUCGUAUCCAGGACCCUGCCACUGGUAAACUUCGUCUGGUUGGAGAUGUGGACUUUGCAGCCGUGAAGGAGAAGGCUGGAUUUAUCACUCCUGUGCCCGGUGGAGUCGGUCCAAUGACCAUCGCCAUGGUGAUGAAAAACACACUCAUUGCGGCCAAAAAUUCACCAACAGACUGAGAAGAAAUAAAAAGACGCUAUCAUUAAAGGUGGUCAGGAUGCAGAAAGCCAUUUCACAAUCUGGAUUUAUGUAAUUAGCACAUUUGGUCCGUA